AUGGAGGCUGUGAGAGAAGCCGUCCAGGAGCUGUAUGUUCUAGGUCUGAAACAAAUAGACCGACCCCAGUUUCACAAACCAUAUCCAGAUCAUAUUGACAAGGAAAAUCCUUACCCUAGGAGAUAUAAGAUCUCGAAUUUUUCUUUGUUUUCUGGAGAGGAUGGCCACUCCACUAUUAAGCAACAUCUUGCUAAAUUUACCAUUCAAUGUGGGGUUCUGGCCAACCUUGAUAAUAUUGCUAAUUUCAAGUUACGGUUGUUUCCUAACUCCUUGACAAGUACAGCUUUUACCUGGUAUACAACCCUACCAAGGAACUCAGUGUUGACAUGGCCGGAGAUGGAAAGGUUAUUCCAUACCCAGUUCUACUGUGCCGAGCCGGAGAUUUGUAUUGCGGAAUUAUCCAAGAUUUCUCAACGAAAUGGGGAGGAUGCUGACAUGUAUAUCCACUGCUUUAAAAAAAUGAGAAUCAGGUGCAAGAUUGUCCUCACAGAGACUGAGUAUGUCAACAUGGCUCAGAGAGGCUUAGAUAUUGAGCUCCGGAAAAAGUUCCACGGGAUGGAGUUCAGAGACUUCUAUGAGUUAGCUGCCAAAGUGUCGGCGUAUGAAGAACUCCUGAGGGAGGAGAGCCACAAGAAGAAGUUUGCGAUAGACACAUACUAUCAGGAGGUUGGGUCAUAUGAAACUGCGGUAGCCGACCUCACGGCAACCAGUUCAUGCACAUGCCCUAUGUUGAUAAAAAAGGUACCUGAUGGCUGGAAGAUACGACAAAAUUCCAAUGCCCAACCUCUGUACACUUUUGAGGCAUCAAAAACAGAAGAAAUCUUUAACUUUUUAUUGAAAGAGAAGUUCAUUACUAUGCCUCCUGAUCAUAAGAUGACUUCAAAGGAGGAAGAUCGGAUUGUUAAGGGAGUUUUGAAAUUCCCAGAAAAGAAAGAGGCAUUUGUGAUAGAUGAAGAUCCUUUUCCGGCUUUGGCAUAUGUGAAUGCUAGUGAUCUUUCAGAGGUUGACAUGCGGUUGCUGUUGGACAUAAAGAGAAAGUUCACAAUUACAUAA